CAAUUGUCAAUUUACAACAAGCUGCGGGAAAUGAGUCAGAUAUAUGAAUGCAAAUCAGAUAUUAUAUUCAUUAUUUAGAUUAUUUGUUUGUUUAUUCAGUUGAACUCUAACUGCACUUUGUUAAUGUACUUGGAAACAUUCCCUUUUUUUCUCUAUCUGUCUCUGUAUUUGAUUUGUUCUGGUUUCUUUGUGUGUCAGCGACAUUUUUCAAUAUAUAACAUAAACAAGUGCAGAUAAAUCAAACUUCAUAUAAGGACCGAAAUGAACAUAUUAUUGAGCAUGACUCAGACUUUUGAUUUAGUCAAACUAGUAUUCAGCUAAAAUGUGUGAAAGAAACAAAUACUGGGUUGGCACGUGUGUUUACAUACUCACCACAUCUGUGUGGUAGCGAUACUACUCAAAGGGUAAACCACAUAGUGGAAUUUCCGGUUGUAUUUUCAAAGUAAAACGCAGGCAGCUAAAAUUAAAUAGAAAAAAAAGAUCGUUUGGAGAAAAUGUGUUGAUUUAAAACCAAGAGGCUUUAAUUACUUGACCACUCAGUUAUGUAUAUGUGAAAAACCUACUAACUUUCAAUGCAGGUCCUUAGAGAGACCGAGAGAAAAAGACGAACAUAUAUAAAGUUGUCUGUUCAUAGUAAAUACAUUAAUAAGUAGUACGUAUAUGUUUGAACAUCUAUAUAAAUAUAUAUGCAUGUAUUAUAAAAGGAUGGUCAAUUUACAGGCGUCUAAACUCAGUUUCAGCAGCCGCUAUGUUGAAAUGUUGAAAUGUAUGUUGUUAUUGUGAAGGUCCCCACACCGGAAGCUCAAGUUUACACCUGUAGAAAGAAGAAACUUUCACUUGAAAGUAUUUGUGAAUCACACCUGUCGGUUUACCUGGCACAGGUUCGCUUUCUCUUUCUAGUCCAAACGUUUUCUACGGAAACUAAAAUGACUUCUUGGACUUUUUAUUCUGACACGGACGGAACUCUGUCCCCACGCCAGUAGCGAGAGUGAGUUUAAAACCACGGCUUUGAAUCCAAGACAUUCCUGCGUCUCUGACAUGGCUCUGUGUUACUUCCUGGCCUGUGUGGUCGCUCUCUCCAGUCUCGUUUCUGCACAACCUCUGACGUACGUCCUCCUGGGGCAGGAGGUCCACCUGAAGCCAGCCUUCACCGGACACCCUGACGAUAUCCUGUGGAAACACGAUGGCAACAAAGUGGUGGAGUUUAAUGGGAAGGAGGAACAUGUGUACAACCGUUAUCAAAGCAGGGUCACCCUUGACUGGGUCUCUGCAGAGCUCAACAUCACAGACCUCAGACACGAAGACAGCGGAGAGUAUGAACUGGAAAUAUACGUGAACAAAGGGAUGCAUCGUUUUGCUUAUAAUUUGGAGGUCAUAGAUAAGGUCACCAAACCCAGCGUCUCCUGUGACAUGAACAGCAGCAGCUCUGACACAAGUGGAACCUGGGCGACCCUGACAUGCUUUGCAGAGCCCACACAGCCCCUGUCCUCGUUGAAGUAUGAGAAUAAGUAUGAUUGGGAAUCAAGUGGACAAGUGAUGCCCGGCCCUCAGUUAACAAUAUUGCUGGAGGAUGAACUGGAUGAUCAAAUAUACACUUGCAGGGUGAGAAACCCUCUGACUUUUGAAACGACGACAUUCGCUGCGACGACUUGCUCCCCAGCUACAAGUUCAUCUGUAGCUCUGGCUGUCAGUCUAACCAUCAUCUUCAUCAUCAUCUUCAUCGUACUACUAUUGGGUGUAGUGUUUUGCAAACUAAAGAAUAAAGCAUGUUUUGCAAAAAGCAACAGAGAUGAUGUGGAGAAUCGGCGUUCAGCAACAGAAGAUCAAGAUGAUGAAAAAACUCAUUUUUUGCACGGAGCGCCCACGCUGCCCUCUCAUCAGCGACUCAGCCCUUUGGUCCAAGCUCAUAGCAACGAGGCGAGCGGUCUCCCUGCCGACAAUCCCAGAGAACACGCGGCUACAGAUUGGGACAAAGGAGAAGAAUCAAAUAAGGAGGAAGAUGAAAGUGAAUACACACCACAGAAAACAUUUGGUGUAACACUCAAACCAAUACCUUUGAAAUGUGCCCUUCCAGAUUCAGACCACCAGCUAGAAAGCAAGCGCAGGCAUGUGUCAGAGUGUGAGGGGCAGUCAGACAGCCACGCAGCCGAGGAAGAGGACCGUCCGUCCACCUCUCCUGAGCAGAACAUGCCAGACACUGUUCCAGGUGAACAUAACUCAAUGUCGUCAGAGGGAGUAACACAAGCGAAAGAAGACGACCAGCCAGAAAUGAACAAAACGGUUUCUGGAGAUAAACAUGAAUCAGAUGGAGAAGAAACAGAAGAGAAUCUAUAUUCAGACACCUCUCAGAGCCCCACACCAAAAAAUACAGACAAUACUCAAACCAAUACGUUUGAAAAGUCUCAAAACGCUAAAAUACCAGAUCCAGACCCCAAAGUAGAAGGCGUGAGCAAGCAGGAGUCAGAGUGUGAGGGGCGGUUAGACAGCAGCGCAGCAGAGGAAGAGGAAAGUGAGGGUAAAACUGAGGAGGACCGGCCGUCCACCUCUCCUGAGCAGAACAUUCCAGAAAUGGCUUCAGGUGAACAUCACCCAAAGUCGUCAGAGGGAGAAACACAAGCGAAGGAAGACGACCAGCCAGAAAUAGACGAACCUGUUUCUGGAGAUGAACGUGAAACAGAUGGAGAAGAAACAGACAUUCUAUGUGAGGACACCUCUCAGAGCCCCACACCAAAAAAUACAGACAAUACUCAAACGAAUAAGUUUGAAAAGUCUCCAAACGCGAAUAUACCAGAUCCAGACCCCAAAGUAGAAGGCGAGAGCAAGCAUGAGUCAGAUUGUGAGGGGCGGUUAGACAGUAGUGGAGCAGAGGAAGAGGAUGACAAGGGUAAAACUGAGGAGGACCGGACGCCUUUCUCUCCUGAGCAGAACAUGCCAGAAACGGCUUCAGGUGAACAUCAAUCAAAGUUGUCAGAGGGAGAAACACAAGCGAAGGAAGACGACCAGCCAGAAAUGGACAAAACUAUUUCUGGAGAUAAACGUGGAUCAGAUGGAGAAGAAAACAAAAUUCUAUGUGAGGACACCUCUCAGAGCCCCACACCAAAAAAUACAGACAAUACUCAAACCAAUAUGUUUGAAAAGUCUCCAAACGCGAAUUUACCAGAUCCAGACCCCAAACUAGAAGGCGAGAGCAAGCAUGAUUCAGAUUGUGAGGGGCAGUUAGACGGCAGUGGAGCCGAGGAAGACGAUGACGAGGGUAAAACUGAGGAGGACCGGCCGCCCACCUCUUCUGAGCAGAACAUGCCAAACAUGGCUUCAGGUGAACAUCGAUCAAAGUUGUCAGAGGGAGAAACACAAGCGAAGGAAGACGACCAGCCAGAUAUAGACAAAAGUGUUUCUGGUGAUAAACGUGGAUCAGAUGGAGAAGAAACCGACAUUCUAUGUGAGGACACCUCUCAGAGCCCCACACCCAAAAAUACAGACAAAACUCAAACCAAUACGUUUGAAAAGUCUCCAAACGCGAAUAUACCAGAUCCAGACCCCAAAGUAGAAGGCGAGACUAAGCAUGAUUCAGAUUGUGAGGGGCAGUUAGAGAUCAAUGGAGCCGAGGAAGAGGAUGACAAGGGUAAAGCUGAGGAGGACCGGCCACCCACCUCUCCUGAGCAGAACAUGCCAAACAUGGCUUCAGGUGAACAUCAAUCAAAGUUGUCAGAGGGAGAAACACAAGCGAAGGAAGACGACCAGCCAGAAAUGAACAAAACUGUUUCUCGAGAUAAACUUGAAUCAGAUGGAGAAGAAACAGAAGAGAAUCUAUAUUCAGACACCUCUCAGAGCCCCACACCAAAAAAUACAGACAAUACUCAAACCAAUACGUGUGAAAAGUCUCCACUCGCAGCCCUUCCAGAUCCAGACCCAAAGUAGAAGGCGAGAGCAAGCAUGAGUCAGAGUGUGAGGGGCGGUUAGACAGUAGAGCAGCAGAGGAAGAGGAAAGUGAGGGUAAAACUGAGGAGAAAAUGAAGGAAGAGUGUGAUUCAAAAGAAGAAAAGCCAGCCAACAUGAGCGAGAGUGAGGAUAAAGAAGGAGAAAAGAAAACUGAGGCUGUUGAAAAAUUAGAGUGAAAAUGUAAAUACAAUCAACUGGAAUAUAAUUCAAAUGAACAGCGGGUGGAGGACUCUCAAACAUCAGGCCAGACAAACAUCAACCUGUUGGACUGAAAGGAAAUUAUGGAGAGAUUCACGUUCAGGAAGAGCCACUGAGAACAAAUACCUAAGUGAACAAAAAAGGACAGUUGUUGGGUCGAAGUCCACAGACCGAAAGCCGACAUGUGAUUUAUGCAUCAAUGCUUUUGUUCCUUUUUUAAGGAACACAAUACAAAAUGUGUCAUUCAAAUGAAUUACUACCGAUAUGUAAGUAUCACUGAGUUAUCCACCUUUAUACACAGAGAAAGACGAGCCUGCACUGGAAUGACAUUACGGAAAGGACAGUGUUUGGGAAUUGGCAAAAUAACACAUUAAUAAUUCCGAGAGAAAAGAGAAAGAAUCUCUGUCAUUUAAACUUUUUUCAUAUCUUGUUUUAUUGCGUCCUGCAAAAAUGAGGGAAAUCGCUCAUCCCUCUACAAUCGGUUUCCCAUAAUGAUGUAUCAUAAAACAGGAUUUGCGGAUCGGUCUCAUAGCGCAUUUUGGAGCAAAAACUAAGCAAAGACGAGCGUCAAGAAUCCAUAGAAGACUCAAGAAUAUAUAUGAUUUUAUGGUGCUUCAUAAUUUUAUACAUGCUGUCAAUGUUAACCUCAUGACAUGCUUUGAAGAAUAUUUUAUCAAAUUAAUUAACAGUCCAAUAUUUAGUCAAAACCAUGAGGUUUUUUAUUCACUAAUCUAUUGAUGUCAUAUAUUUUUAGAGCUCAGGGUUUUUUAUUUUUCAGCACUGAUAAUUUAUUAAUUGUUUGAUUUCCAUUUGUGACAUUAUAAUUACUUUAUUUUUAUCUUUGAAGUUUUAAUUAACUGUUGUUUUGUAGUUUUGAAAACCUUCACUACAUUUAUCAGUAAAUAAAACAAGGGUUUUACAGAGUUAUAAGAGUUUUGAUUCUUUCCGUUUUAGUGAACGUGCUUGAUUUAAGAUUCCUUUUUAAAGUUUGUGUUCAUUUAAUUUUGUACAAUGCAAAAAAACUCAGAGGUUUUUUGUAGAUAUGCGUUAGACUGCAAAUGAAUAACCAUAAUUGACCAAAAAGUACUGAUGCUGCAUGAAGGAUAUGUAAUAGUAUGAUUGUAUCACUAGGGGGCAGUGUUUAUCAGUUUUAGGUGAGAAUUUCGUUCCUUCAGCUGAGCUGGUUGAAGGAUGUGCUGGGCUCAAAAGGCAGGUUCCAAAAAUAAAAAGAAUAAAAAUAUUAUAGCGAGAUUUGGCUUUUCGGAAAGUGACUGCAGAAAGUCUAUGUAAAAUGUUAACUAUUCAUGCAUGUGAUAUUUCAAGAUGGUGUCUGAUCUGCUUCACGGAUAAGAAAAGUUCAGAGAUAUUGUUGGUACAGUUUAAAUGAAAUGUGUCUUAUCAGCUCUAUUCCGCUCUCAGGAAUAGAGCAUGAUUCAGUGUAAAGUGGAUUCAGUGAAUAAACGUGUACACAAAGGUUC